CAACAUAAUCAAGGUCAACCACCCAGCACAGGAGAGUCAACUUUUGUUGCCCAAUUUGACCGGGACUGGCGACGUGACCGGGAAAGAUGUAUUGCUUUUCUCGAUCAUGGCACGACAUGAAAUAUCCGGGGGCUGCUAUGUAGAUGAGAAUGACUCAUAAAAACGAAAAGGAGCAGGACGCUUCCUAAUCGGUCCAAGCGCACUUAUCUAUAGGACUUCUCGGUUUUUUUUUCUACUGGUCCAAAUCGUGAUCGGUCGUGGAACGUCUGUAUUCGUUCAACAAAACUCAAACUGUAUUGGUUCGGUAUCGUUCGGCUUGAUACUGCCCUGCGACUUCCAGUUUCAGGCUAACCCGGAAAUCCACGAGAGGUCCACACACUAUACACAACCAAAGCCAAGGCAUCAAUCUUUUAUGACAUGCUUUUUUCGUUUUCUUUACAUUGCUUCAGCCUAAUUUCACAGAACUCGUUUCUAUGAAAGCUUCAGUUCGCAGUUUGUCAGUACAAGUGCUUACUCCUGUCCUCUAAUAAUCUAUCAUUUGAUUUUUUUCUGUAAUAUGCAAGAACGAAUACUACAAUGGAAGCAACUCGCAAAGACGAUGCACACGCACACGCAGCAAAGGUGACAGCUGGACACUUCGCGUUACACUAAUUCGCGGUCCUGGCACGUGCAUCGAUAUUUUUUCACAUACAAUUUUUCACAUGGUCAUUUGUUGAGUAAUCAUAAUCACUUUCUUGAAUUGCGUUUGCGGUGUUCCGCUUGAUGUUGAUUGUCUGCCAGUGUAUAUGUAGAAGCUGCUGAUUGAAGUGUAUGCUGUCAAACACAAAGAUCGAGACCCUCCACACAGCUCGCGGCUCUUGUCCCCAACAUCGACCUUUCCGUUGCCAACUUGAUCAUCCGCACGCCUUUCGUUGAUCCGUGACAGAAGUUCAAACUCUUGAUCCCGUCGUGUCGAUCACGAUUUCUUUGCUGAACCAAAGCAUGGCUUUCCUCCAAAAGCCGGAUCUACUCACAUGGCCUAGUCACGUGGCGAUCCCGAUCGAAUUUGCAAGAAGACUUCUUACAUGUUAUGGCACAAUGCGUUCGAAGUCGUGUUAAUGUUAAAAAAAUCGAGUUCUUCUAGACUGCUACGCAUCAGGGCGGAGCUGUAGCUGUUUACGAAGAUUCUUACUGGUUGGUUGAGCUUUAUUUGCGAACGUCUCUCAGGGCGGAGCACGCGAACUUUUUUCCUGGUUACUGUGUCGAAGUGAUACGUACCUCUACCUACUCAGACUCCUCCACAAAUUUGUGCACGUCCGAAAAAUGAAAGUUGUUCUUCUAUUUUUCGGCGUGAACGCGGCUGCCUCGGUAGCUGCGGCCGUUUUAGGGUCGUCCGGCUCCACCUCAGCACCGGGUGCCGCGUCCUCCUCCUCCUCCACUGGAGGGGGCCUCGCGUGGACCAUUCCAGUGAGGUCCACGUUCCUGGGCAAGAACGAUGAAAAGACGAUCACAGCCUGGCCGUUUUGCGAGAACUACCCCGUGGAAAAAAUUUCUCCGCUCGACGCCGCUCGCAUCUUGGCGGCCUACGCAGCCUACGAUCUGCCGUUGGUCGCGCCGCCGGUCGGUUCUUGUCCAGUGGAAGAGAAGCGCGAUUUGUUCGAGUUGCGUUCUCUUCCCUUCACCUGCACCCAGGGCGCCCGGCGUGGCAGCUCCCCGGUCUGGCAGAGCCGCCCAGAGCGCUUGGACACGAUUGAGAAGCUUUUGACCCGAUUGGCCGGAGACAAAACGAGCACGCCGGACUCCGUGAAUGACGUGAAUUUGCGCCGGCUCUACGACGAGUGUUCUCCUUUGCGGCAGGCCAUGAGCCCGGAUCAGGAGCCGUUUUUUUUGCAUUGCCCGGGGAAAAACGAGCAUGUAAAGGCAAAAAGGUUGCGAACCAGCCAGCUACAGCAGAAGCAGAAGCCCUACGUGCCUGAAAUGUUCGAGUUCUUGUUGGAUUUCAUCCUGCAAAACGACAACGCCAAGGCGCACGCGGGAAACUUGUUCAAGUUGGAAAACUCGCGGUAUUCGCUGCUGCUCCACGCCUUUGCGCAGGCGCUAGAGAACGAGGACCGAGAGGCGGUGAAAGCGCUACCCGCGGCCGCGCGGGCCGCGGCGACAGCCGCGUCGGAGGACGACGAGGAAGGUUCCGCGUCCGACAAGGAACAAAGGACUUCCGCAGGAGGCCCGCUGACGCGAGGACUUGUCGCGACGCCGCGGGUUGCAGCUUCUUCACAGGAAAAAUGCAAGAACCUUCCGGACGAACAAGAAAACGGCGCUCAGAAUCGCGAAAGUGGUGAGCGAAGUGACAAUGAUGCGGAUGGUGAUCAUGCGACCACCCCCCAAGAGAAGCCGAAAAAGAGCCAGGACUACAUCAAUGCAAUGGAGUUUCUACUGAACAAGUACUACGCAACCAAUGAGCACUUGCAAUCCGACUCGCUUGGUGACGAGCUGGUUAACGUGAACGGCGAGGGCGAGUCCACCUUUUUGGAGUACGUGCUCAGCAAGUGCGCGGAUCACAGCACGCAGAUGGCCCAAUUGAGGGGCGAAUUCGAGGAGCAAGACGAGGACGAUCUGGAAGAAGACGAGGAAGAAUCGCAAAACGGCCUGUCCGACGCGGAAGCUGAGGCAGGGGCCUCCAAGAAGAACUCGCCAGAAGGAGCCGAGGGCGCCGGGGGCGGCACGAGCAGUACCGCGGAUCGUAAUCGGGGCGCAGCUGGUGCGGAAGACAAGAAGGAAGACGAGGAACAACAUGGUUUAAACCAGGCGCUAUUGGAAGAGAAACCACAGCAGGGGGUUUUGACGAGCAGUCCCACGUGCGCGUUCCUGAUUCCGCAGCUCCUGGUUCGCGGCGCUCGCCUCGUGCCCGGACCGAUUCAGCUUGCCGCUGAACAAACCGCGCUGCACGAUGUCUUCCCCCUGUUGCUUCUGAAAUUGCAAGGUACUUAAAGUUGCACCUACGGCCGUGUCGGGGAUGUUUCUGACUUGCAUAAAGAGCACUGCUAUUGCUUAGUAUCCUGCUACUGCUCCACCUCCAUCAACGUAUUGUAUAACGAUACACAGACGUCCAGGUGGUGGUCACUUUUGAAUUUAAACGAAAAAAAUUACAAUGACAGAGACCCUUGGCGAAGAAGAGGCCAAAACCGCGAUUGAAAAAGCGAAUGCAUUGCACAUCGCAACGAAGAAUGACAACCUCAGAGGUAAGUACUGGCUCCUGUGUCAUCCAACGUAUUUCAUCACAACUAAUUUAGUAUCUCACACGCUGAUCACUCAAGAGAGUCACACAAGGCAAGCAAAAUUUGUAUAUCGUAAAGUCGCCUUGCCCUUCCUUGCUUUGAAAAGAAAACCUCCGCUACAGGUAUGGCGACCCUCGGCAGAUUUGGCAUUACUGUGCGCGGGAAAGACAAGGACCGCGAGGGCCGCACGGCUCUGGAGCUGGUGCAAUCGUCGGCCGGUCUCGUGGCGUUGCUGAAGCCGUUGGCCAGUUCGAAAGACAAAAACGGUUCGGCCCAGGACUUUCUAAAAGAUUUUCCACUCACGGUUUUGAUGGACAAGAAUCCGCAGUUGUUUCUCACCCGCGAGGACGACGGUCCGACGGGGCUGGGCGGUUUCGAGAAAGACGACGUCGCGACCUUGUUGGAUAUCCUGUUGGAUUACGUCGUCACGCCCGGCAAGGGAGACGCGCUGCAGGAGAUCGAGAAAGUGGCGUACCUGAACCACCAGUCGCCCGACACGGGUCGCACGGCCGUCUUCAAGGCGGCGAUGAAUCUGCAAUGGGAGCUGUAUGACGCCUUGGUGGCGGCGGGCGCCGACGACACGGUCGCCGAUAAGGAGGGCCGGGUGCCGAAAACCUUCAUGGAGCAGUACUACAAGGCCAAGGGCUGGCCCUUGAAGUCGGAUCCCGAAAAGGAACAGGAAGACGAGGAGGAGUCGGAGCAGGAAGAGGAGGACAAGGACGGUACAUACUGUAGCUAGAGGCAAAUAUAAUUAUGCCGCCAGCUUCCGUGUUCGUUGUGGAAAAGCAAAAGAUCGAAAAUCAAAAUGAAAAGUCCACGCACAAGUGUGUGAAGGGCAGCGGAUGUUGCGCAUGUUGUAACGGCGUAUUUUUUCAUGUUUAUUUUUACAUAACGAACAAGAAUAAAAUUCAAAAACUAAAUCAGGCACCGACAGCAACGACAGCGGGGCGGCUGCCUCCAGCCAUGGCGGUAGCGAGGAAAGCCGUGGUGCAGCCGAGCCGGCGCCGGAACGGCGGGGAAGCUUCUUGGGUUUAGGACGAGUGCUGUUUAGCAGCAGCAAGUGAACGCAGAACGGCGCGGGGUCGAAAAAAGAAGGCGCGCCUUCUAUUCGACCCUGCAAAGGAGGUCCAUGAGAAACCGCAGAACCGCUGGAACCGUGCUGUCACUACCACACAUAAGGAAUUGAUGAUUGCAUUUCUUCUAAUUCGAGAAUUAACGAAUGAAAAUAUGAUGAACAAUGAACAACUUCUUGCUAUGAACCUCAACCUAUGAAUGAAAUCCGAUGACGCCAUGCUAUCCGAUGGUGAACAACUACUGCUUUUCGACCACUUUCACGAAAAUUUCGAGUCUGGACCACGACUGGUACAUUAACAUCCUGAACUCUCGUGCUUGUCCGAGAGUUGGACACGAAUUUGCACUACUUUACCUUGCAGCUUCCGAAAAAAAUUCACCUGGCUGUGGUGCAGCUCC